CAGACUGGUAUUCAGGGUCUUGCCUGUAGCCUGCGAUCACAAGCCUGAUUACAGAGCAUAUGCUCGGUCAGUGUUUUCUAAAAGAGCUUCUGCAAUCAGCAUGUUUGUUUUACCAGUUUUGUAUGUGAGGAAGCAGCACAGAAAUCUGUGUCAGCCUCUUCUUGACAGAGGCUAUGGGAGGAAGCAAGGGUUGGCAGGCUGAUGAGUAUUUAUCAGAUGGAGAGAAGAUAAUUGGGGUGGGGGGAAAUAGUGUUGCUGGGGGGGAGUUACCUGACUGUAGUUUAACUGAAAUCCUCUGUGGCUUGGAGAAUUGGGGAACCUCUGCUUUUAAGCAGGCCAGGGGCUCCUUGUGCCCUAUGGCAGUGGCACUCACACUACUGAACUGCUGACUGCGCUUAAGCUGAAUUAAACCUCUGGAGUAGGUGUCUGCAUGACUAGGGGUAUUGGUGGGCCCUGGGUUUGGCAGAUUCUCGGCUUGGUAGCCAGGUCCAGGACUAGUUGUGGACGCUAUACUGUGUCAGAGCUGGUAAUGUCUGGUGGUGAUGCUGACACAGACACCAGCACAGUCCUAGCUCCACAGCUAGAGAGCUGCUCGCCUGUUGAUCUGAACCCAUUUGUGGGCAUUUGAUUCCCUUGGCAAAAUAAAUGAUGGGGAUUUUAUUCUUGCCCUUAAACUGAAGGAGAGGAUACUGGCAGGAGGGGGCUCUUCAUGGCUGUUUCAUGCUUUGCAGAAAAUGCUCUGAAGGCAAACUGGACUGUGCCUGUGGGAACUAUAUUUGUCCGAAAAAAUAUUCCUUCACCCAAAGGCCUGUUUGUUGUCAAGGGGGAACCUCUGCAACGGCCCAACUCUGCAAGUGAUGGGCUCGGAGAACAGCGCUUUAAAGAGCUAUGCGCUAGAAGAGCCACCGUUCACGCUGCCAACUGGACACACAAUUUAUCCAGCCGUGCUACAAGAUGGCAAACUUGCUUCAGUCUUUGUGUACAAGCGAGAGAACGAAGAUAAGGUUAAUAAAGCUGCCAAGCACCUGAAAACCUUGCGCCACCCUUGCCUUCUGCGCUUCCUCUCUUGUACUGUGGAAGCAAAUGGAAUCCACCUGGUUACAGAACGUGUGAAGCCUUUGGAGGUGGUCCUGGAGACGCUCUCUUCUGCAGAAAUCUGUGCAGGGAUCUACGACGUGUUGCUGGCACUCAUCUUCCUCCACGACAGGGGAAACCUAACACAUAACAAUGUCUGUUUAUCAUCCGUGUUUGUAAGUGAGGAUGGGCACUGGAAGCUGGGAGGAAUGGAAACAGUGUGUAACUUUGAAGAAGCCACCCCGGAGUUCCUCUGUCAUGUCAGGUCGGUACGAGACCAGUCGUGCGUCCCUUGCGAGGAGAUGUCUGCAGAUUUCAAAAUUCUGCCCAGCGGCUAUGGGCAUGCGAGGGAUGCCUACGCAUUUGGAACAAUGGUUGAAAACCUCCUGCCAGUCCUAAACGAUCAGGUUUCAGCAGAUAUUCUCUCCAGCUUUCAGCAAACCUUGCACUGUACCCUGCUGAAUCCAGAUCCAAAGUGUCGUGCACCACUGUCCAGCUUAUUGUCUCAUGAGUUCUUCAGGAAUGAUUUUCUGGAAGUUGUGAAUUUUCUGAAGACCUUAACAGUUAAGUCUGAGGAGGAAAAAACUGAAUUUUUCAAAUUCCUGCUGGACAGGGUGGCCAGCUUGUCAGAGGAGCUGAUAGCGUCACGGCUGGUGCCUCUUCUACUCAAUCAGCUCGUGUUUGCAGAACCUGUAGCUGUCAAGAGUUUUCUUCCUCAUCUGCUGGGUCCAAAGAAAGAGCAAACUGGAGAAAGCCAGACCAGCUGCCUCCUGUCACCGGCCUUGUUCCAGACACAUGUCAUUCCUGUGCUGCUGAAGCUAUUUGAGGUUCAUGAGGAGCAUGUUCGAAUGGUGCUGCUGUCUCACAUUCAUGCCUACGCAGAACUGUUCUCUCGGGAAGAGUUGAAAAACAUCAUCUUGCCACAGGUAUUGCUGGGCCUUCGAGAUACCAGCGACUCUAUCGUUGCAAUAACACUGCACAGCUUAGCAGUUCUCGUCUCCCUCCUUGGACCUGAAGUAGUUGUAGGGGGAGAACGAACGAAGAUUUUCAAAAGCUCUGCACCAAGUUUCAUGAAAACUGCUGAUCUCUCCCCAGAAGAGUCCCCCAGUCAUGUUUUAAGCAAUCGGAGAAAUCAAACCUCUCGGCCCUUGAAGAACAAUUCUAGUCUGUUCCCCAUCUCUGGUAGCAUGCCUGUCAAGAAGACUUCUGUGCGACAAGACAAUCCACUGGCUUUAAAGACAGGAGAGCAAGACACUCAGUCCCCGCUGAAUGGGAUUCCAGGAAGCAUAACUACGCUCGGGAGCAGCAGGAGCUCCUUGACUACCUCCGAAAAGGCAGCAGAGGAGUGGCCAGACUGGAGUGAGCCAGAGGAGACAGACACUGAGAAAACUGUGAACAUUCAAAUUCAGCCCCAAGAGCCACAGGGCAGCAUGGAACCGUAUUUUGCUGAACACGAUGUAGAUGAGAAGCCUUGGGAUGAUGUUGAGCCCAGCAGCCCUAGUCCUGAACUGUCCUCAGGAAACUGCCUCACUGUGACACAAGCUGAUGCAGUUGAAAUGCUAAGGUCUCUGCCAGGUACCCAUCAACUGAGCAAAGAAUUCAGAAGCCUCAGACCGAGUCCCCCCACAAAGUCCUGCCCUGGCAACAGCUGGAGCAAUGACAAGUGGGACCACCAGGAACAACUGGGAGAAACUGUGCUGCCAAAAAUGACCUUUCAGGAGAGGUCAAAGUCUUCAUCGGAGUCUGGCCUAGGAGAAGAAUUCACAAUCAAAGUGAAGAGGAAACCUGUGCAAGACCCUGAGCUGGACUGGUUUGCUGACAUGAUCCCAGACAUUAAGCCUCCUUCAGCUAUCUUGAUUUUACCUGAAGCAAGGACAGAAGUGGUUGUUCCCAGUCACUCUGGUGUUGCAUCCAGCAGAGAAGGUGCCUCCAAGAAUGUGCCGUUUUCAUCCAAAUUUGCAGCAGCUGAUGUCGUUGAGGCUGAAGCUGCAGGCUGGGGUGAAGAAGGAGAGUUGAACUGGGAAGACGAUGCUAACUGGUAAUGAGACUGAAAGAGCCAAAGGCAACUUGGUGUGUUGGAUUCUGUAAGAGAAGUCAUUGCUUCCCCAAUAAGUGGAAAGUGGAUAAGUACCUCAGCACUGUUUUUGCCAGAAGGCAGGUGCUUGCUGCAGCAGCCAGCAAGAUCCCAUGGGGCCUGAUCUCUUGCAAUGGAUGUUCCUUUCCAGUCUGUGCCAAAAACUGCAGGGGUGAGGCCUGCGCUCAAGCAAUAUGCCCAGCCGUGGUGCAUGCCACUGCUGCCAGAAAGAGGAACAGCACAGUGUGGGUGCUGACGUGCUGCUGGAGGCCCAGCCUGGUGUAAGCUAUUGUUCCAGAAUUCAUCCCUGCUCUGAAAAAAAUGAUGAGAAUAAAUGAAAGUCACACUC